CUAAAAAUCAGUGUCGUAUCUUAAAUUAAAAUCACGGAGUGUAUCCAAACUAUUGUCAUUUUUCAAAAACACUGUUCAAAGGGGUCAAGCUCUUGUUUUUUUUUGCUAAUGUAUAUUUCGUAUCUCACAUUAGUAUCCUCGCUAAAUGUGAUAUAUAUUGUUUUACGCUGGAUUUUCCUGCUGAAGGAGUGAUCGGCGAUCAGUUAGUUCGCCUGCGCCGCCCGUGCGUCAUUGCGUCAUCACACGCACAGUGUUUUUGCUUCGUCUCUUUCAAACCGCGGAGAGUCUCUUCGUUUACACCCUCGGUGUUUCCUCUCGGUGUGGACUCUCGCGGUUCAUCCGGUGCUCGCGCGCUCGUGGCGGAUCUCGAGGAGCGGCGCGAGGCUCGGUGACGCGGGACGCGGCGAAAGCGGAGGGUUUUCUGAGGCGAAUUAUUGCGCAUGUUCAUGAACCGCCCGAAUGAACGCGGAUCAAUAAUACACCGAGAUCUGAUCAAAACACGGCGGAACCCGACUAAAGGAUCCGUUCUGUGAUUGGAGUCCCACCGAGACGAGCCUGAUCGAGCUGAUCGAUACCUGAUCGAUAUCUGAGGAGAUGUGCGCGCACUGAUCGCCUCAGGAUCGAUAUCUGAUCGAUAACACACGCUGGAGCACCUCAGGAGGAUGCGAUGGUCACAUUAGACAGGUGUGCUCUUCCUCCUCCUCCUCAGGUGUGUCGGAUCAGCUGGAUGUGACACACACACACACACACACACACACACACACACACACACACAUCAUGCAGGCUCCGCCCCUCCAGUAUGAUUUCUACAGUGAGGAGAACGCGCCCAAAUGGAGAGGACUGCUGGUGCCAUCACUCAACAAGGUGCUGAGUCAGGUGCACCCGAAGCUGACGUCCCAGCAGGAGGCGCUGCAGUACAUCGAGGGUCUGAUCCUGGUGCUGCUCAACACCCUCUGUCAGGCUCAGCCGCGCACCGUACAGGACGUGGAGGAGCGUGUUCAGAGGAGUUUCCCGCACCCCAUCGAGAAAUGGGCCAUCGCCGACGCUCAGAACGCCCUCGACAAGAGGAAGAGGAGGGGCCCGCUGGCACUUCCUGUCGACAAGAUCCACCCGCUGCUCAAGGAGGUUCUGGGUUAUAAGAUCGAUCAUCAGGUGUCGGUGUACAUCGUGGCGGUGCUGGAGUACAUCUCUGCAGAUAUCCUGAAGCUGGCCGGAAACUACGUGAGGAACAUCCGUCACUAUGAGAUCUCGCAGCAGGACAUCACUGUGGCCAUGUGUGCGGACAAGGUGCUGAUGGACAUGUUCCACCAGGUGGAGGAGGACAUCAGUGUGUUUCCUCUGAUGGACGAGGAGCCGUCGGCGGCUGAGGAGCAGAUGUACUAUGAUCUGGUGAAGGCCUUCAUGGCGGAGCUGCGUCAGUAUCUGCGCGACCUGAACCUCAUCAUCAAGGUUUUCCGUGAGCCCUUCGCCUCCAACACCAUGCUGUUCUCUCCUCACGACGUGGAGAACAUCUUCAGCCGGAUCGUGGACAUCCACGAGGUGACGGUGAAGCUGCUGGGGUUGAUCGAGGACACGGUGGAGAUGACGGACGAGGGCAGUCCUCAUCCGCUGGUGGGCUACUGCUUCGAGGACCUGGCCGAGGUCAGACUCCGAUCUACAGACGAUGUGUUACA